UUGUCGACUUCCUGUAGCUGGAGCCACCAGCUGAGUUCCUCAUUCAGGGCUCGGUGGAGCUUGGCACCGGGGUGGUGGUGACAGCGCUGAGGGGCCCCUUGCUGCCCCCAUUAUGGCAUCUGCUCCCAUGAUCAUCUUCCUCGGCUGCUGGCUGGCCGGGCAGAGCAGGGUGUCGGGACAAACCACCUACUCCAAACCCUCCAUCUCCCUGCACCCCAGCAGGGAGGUGACCCCGGGGGAAGCCGUGACCGUCCGGUGUCGGGGUUGGUACCAGAACAUGAGGUUCCUUCUGUACAAAGAUGGAAACCCGACCACGCUGCAGGAGAUGGAGCCGGCUGGGAACGUGGCUGAGUUUCCCAUUCGCAACGUGAGCCGCAGCGAUGCAGGGAGCUACCACUGCCGAUAUAGCAACAAAACGGACGCGUCUGCCUCUUCGCAUCCCAGUGACCCUGUGGAGCUGGUGGUAGCAGGGAGAACUGACCCAACUCCGCUGGGAAUGAUGACGGCUUCCACCCAACCAAGCAGCGCGGGGCCAGGUCCUGUAACCUAUAGGAUUAGCCUGCUUGCUUGCAUAUAUGUAUCUUUUCUUAUAGUUUAAGUACUAUAUAUACUCGUUCAUAAGCCGAAUAUUUUUGGUAAAAAAGUGACGCAUCAAAGCGCGGAGAUUGGCUUAUAAACAGUGUACACCAAAAUUUGAUGAUUUUAAACUCUAUGUAAUCAUUCCCGUAGCUCCCAUUGGCUGGGAACGGUGGACCACGGCCACAGGGAGCUGAGGGGCUCCAUGCCUGCAGAUGCUCCAAGUAAACAAAACGUCCCACCAGUGGCUUACCCUGACAGGCCGGGAGCCAAAGUUUGCCAACCCAUUUAUUGAUGUCAAUACUGCAGCCUUUUAAAGUUGCAAAGGGUUUGUUUAGUGGACUAGAUUGGCUUGAAAUGGACCUCAUAAGUCUUGAGCCAAUAGGAAAAUAUAACACGUAGAAUCAAUGGAAUCUCUAAUAAAAUUGAAAUAGCUUGAUAUCCCUACAGACUUGCCAAUCUACAGGUCUGCUUUGAAAUAAACAAAGAACAAUAAUAAUUUGACAGUGAUAAAGCAGGUGACAUUCCUCUAUAAAGUCCUACAAAAUCUAUAACUACAAUAAUAAUAAUAAUAAUAAUCUAUUUUCAUACUAGUAUUUAAAAUGAACAACCGUGAAAUCAAAAGAAAAAGGUCUUCUUAUCACGCAGUGUUCAAACGUAAAGUUGUUGAAUAUGCAGAAGCAAACAAUAAUUGUGCCGCUGCUCGUGAAUUCUGUAUCAAUGAGAAGCAAGUAAGAGAAUGGAGAAAAAAUAAAACAAUAAAAGACAUGCCAAGAAACAAGAAAAAAUGUCCAACGAGGUGCGCUUCAUUUCCUGAGCUAGAGAAAGAUCUCAAUAAUUGGGUUGUUGAAUGUCGACAAAAUGGGUACAUUGUCACUAGAACUGGAAUUCGUCUGCAUGCUCUGCAAAUGUCGAAAGACAACAAAUACAAGUCAGUAAAGCCGUCAAUGUUUGUCGCAUCAGUGGGUUGGUGUACUCGCUUCAUGAACCGUCAUGGUCUCUGUCUUUGUCAGUGAACAAAGAUAGCACAAAAGCUGCCGAGAGAUCUGGAAGAAAAAAAUCAAAUCUUUUGAAAGAUUUAUUAUAAAAUAUCAAAAGGAAUAUGCAUUUGAACUGUCACAAAUAAGAAAUAUGGACAAAACACCAAUGACAUUCAACCUCUGGAGCAACAGAACGGUAACUGGUGUUGGUGAAAAAACAGUUUUAAUUAAAACCACUGGCCAUGAAAAAAAUCCAUUUUACGGUGGUUUUAUCAUGUUUGCCAAAUGGAUCAAAGCUCCCUCCUGUUAUUUUUAAAAGAAAAACCUUGCCUAAAAACAUGAAGUUUCCUGCUGGUGUCAUCGUACGUGCACACGAAAAGGAAUGGAUGGAUGAAAGUGGGACUACUGAAUGGCUGGAAAAAGUGUGGAAUAAGAGACCAGGAGCACUUUUCAAGAAACCUGCUAUGCUCAUUUGGGACAUGUUCAGGGCACGCAAGACGGAUGAGGUGAAAAAUGUGGUCAAAAAUAUGAAAACUCCUUUGGCUGUAAUACCUGGAGGCUUAACUUCAGCUCUACAACCGCUUGAUGUCUGCCUGAACAAACCCUUUAAAGACAGGCUACGCAAAAUGUGGUCUGAAUGGAUCUGCUCAGGCAUGGUGAAGUUGACAAAAGGUGGCAAUCUUACGAAGUCCAAAAUCAAUCUGGUCGCCCAGUGGAUCAAGGACGCGAGGGUGUCCAUUCCCUCGGAAAUGGUAGAAAAAUCAGGAAAAUUAGGAAAUGCUGUAUCAGCAAUGCACUCGACGGGUCGGACGAUGAUGCCAUAUUUAAUGAUGACACAACAGAGGCUGAUGAUGAGAAGGAAUCUGAGUCUGAAGACGACACCGCCGACAUCUAUGAUGACAAUGCAGGUGCAGCUGUGACUGAAGCCGAGUUUAAUGAAUUGUUUGGUGGAUCAGAGAGUGAUUCAGCCUUUGAAGGAUUUUAAGACUUUUUAAAGUCUCAUAUUGUUCAAAGUUACUUGUUUUAAAUAUCCAUUUACUGAUUUUAAAUAUUGACUAUAAUUUUGAAGGUGAAUACAUAUUUGUUCAGUUAUUAUUAUAACAACAACAGGUGUUUUGUUAGAGUACAUUAAAAUAAUUCUAGCAAAACUUUUGAGGAUUUCUUGUGAUGCUAGCUUUUAAAAUACAGCAGGGGUCAGAAAACUUUGGCUUCCGGCCCGUCAGGGUAAGCCGCUGUCACGUCAGGACGUUUUGUUUACUUGAAGCGUCUGCAGGCACAGAGCCCCUCAGCUCCCAGUGUCCGCGGUUUGCCACUUCCUGCAGCUCACGUUGGCUGGGAACCGCAAACCGCGGACACUGGGAGCUGUUCCCAGCCAACGUGAGCUGCAGGACGUGGCAAACCGCGGACACUGGGAGCUGAGGGCUGCAGAUGCCAACCCCUGAAACAUAGGGUCGGCUUAUGAAAGGGUCAUACUGUUUUUGCUAUUUUUACCUAACCAUCUUGGGGGGUCAGCUUAUAAACAAACGGGCUGAUGAACGAGUAUAUAUGGUAUUUGAUUUAUUGUAAUAGGUUUAUCGAUUUUAUAUUAAAAUAAGUUCAGCUGUAAUGCAAGGGACCUACAGGCCAUAUCCUGUAUGUUAAGCUAAGGCAAGGUUAGCAUGUCUAUAUCUGGGACCUUUCACCCAGGUAGCAAAGUUGGCUUACAUAUGUCUGAGACCUUUCACCUAGAUAGAUCAAUAAUGGAAGACUGGCUUAGGGGGGUUCCAACUCUGAACCCACAAACUUAACAGGUCCAUCACAAGAAAAAUAAAAUAACAUAUGUGCAUAUGUACAUGCCAUCAACACGUACAAACAUACUAGCCUAUGAAGUAAGUGCAGCCGAACAUUUUUGUGGGUGAGGAAGUAAAGUUUGGGCAUAGGAGGAAGGAUUUCCGGCACCUGUGCCCUAUAAAAGAGGUGACCCACCGGGCUGGGGGGGAUCCAUCUAUCUACGACGACGACUAACAAUUAAUAGGCUGUACUCGUUUUUCUUUUCAAACUUUAAGUUCCAAACGGACUAGGCUAAGCUUGGUUUCCCUGAGCUUUUGUUCUUAGUUGUGUUUAUUACGCUUUAAGUUUCAGUUAGUUAAGUAAACUCUAAGUUAGCUUCGAUCGCGCUUAGCAUUAGCUUCUUCCAAGUGCUGCACCUCUCCCUCAAGAUUUGAGGAACCGGAACCGCCAGAGGCGAAGCCGGCCCUGUGUCUCUCACCACCAGGUUACCGAGGAAGGGUGUGAGUAUAUGAACCAAAGCUUUGUAGUAUAUAAUUCCAUAAUACCACAGAUAGCUUUUGAAUAGCAGUAAUGCAAUUGUAACUCUGAUUAUUUUACCAUUGAAUUACUAUUUCACUGAUUUGAAUAAAAAGUCUUUACGGCUC